UUUAAGGCGUUUUGUGGCGGGGAGCAAUUUUGGAACGAAACGUUGCUGCUAAAUAACUCAUGGCCUCAAUUCACAAGCUGUUUUCAGUCCACGCUGUUAGUGUGGGGUCCGUGUGCAUGGUUAUGGAUGGCAUUGCCAUUCUACAUAGCCUACAUUUGUUCCCUCAAAGAGUGGACAACUCUGCCAGUGAAUGCAUUCAACAUUACCAGGACUUUUUUCAGCUUGUCUCUCUUCCUUCUGUCGUGUGUGGAACUGUUGAAGGCAGUCAGUGACAAUGAACACCACAAAGUACCAGCAGUCAUAUUUGUUGCCUCAGGGGUCAAGGCAGGAACAUUUCUCUUGUCGAGUGUUCUCACUCAGGUGGAGCGACGGAGAGGUUUGGUGACGUCGGGUGUUCAGUUCACCUUUUGGCUGGUGCUGCUCCUUGCAUCCAUCAUCCCACUCUACACCAAGAUAGAGCUGCAGGAGUAUGAUACGGACAUCUUUAAUUUUGUUGUUUUCAUUCUCUACUUUGUUCUGGUCUUUGUUCAACUGAUGCUCUUGUUUAUUCCGGAGAAGACAUCAAGAAGAGGCUACUAUGAGCUUGGAAUACCGCCAUCACCAGAAACCAAAGCUUCCUUUCCAAGUCGCGUGACAUUUUCAUGGAUGAACUCGCUACUUAUCACAGGAUACCGCAAAACUCUUGAAGAGAAUGAUUUGUUUGAACUUCAUCCUCGAGAUAAAAGUAAAACCAUUAUUCCUGCCUUUAAUAGGGUGUGGCAAAAAGAAGUUAACAGAGUCAACAGAAUAAAUAGAAGAUUAGAAACUAAACAACAUUCACAACGAGCUGAUAUGGAGACUUCAGCUGACAAGGAUGAGAGGACGCCACUGCUGGAAGGUUCGUCUCACUCAAUCAGUUUCACUGAUGGUUCUCAGCAGAAAAAACCAUUGAAGUUAAAGAAGCCGUCCCUGUUCCGAGUGUUGUUUAAACUGUACGGGUGGACACUGCUUUUAUCACACGUGUGGAAAAUCUUCUAUGAUUUGCUGCAGUUUGUCAACCCACUGCUUCUCAAUGCCUUGAUUGCCUAUGUUCAGAUACACGGCAGCAAGUUUGAAUGGAAGGGUUACGUCUAUGCUGGUGGCUUUUUUGUCGUGGCCUUUCUACAGUCGUGUUUUUACCAGUACCAUUUCCACAUAAGUAUGACUCUGGGUAUGAGAAUUCGGUCAGCAGUCAUUUCAGCGGUCUAUAAGAAGGCUUUGACAAUUAGCAAUGAGGCAAGGAAAAGCUCUACGGUUGGGGAAAUCGUCAAUCUGAUGUCAGUGGAUUGUCUGCGGUUACAAGACGUCACAGGCUAUCUCUACAUCGUGUGGUCUGCCCCACUUCAGAUUUCCAUAGCGCUGUACAUGCUGUAUGAACAGCUGGGGUCCUCCGUGUUCGCCGGUCUCGCUGUGAUGCUUCUCUUGUUUCCAAUCAUUGGCUUCAUAGCCAACAAACAACGCAAGUACCAGAUACAACAGAUGAAGCUCAAAGAUACGAGAAUCAAACUCAUCAAUGAAGUUCUCAAUGGAAUUAAGGUGUUAAAACUGUAUGCCUGGGAGGUGUCAUUUCAAAAGAAGAUAUCGGACAUUCGAAACCAAGAGUUGAACUAUCUGAAGAAAAUCGCAUAUCUCGGCGCUUUAACAGCUUUUGCCUGGACCACCGUACCUUACUUGGUGACCCUGGCAACAUUUGCGACCUACAUUCUAUCAUCUGAGGAUAAUCACCUUGAUGCCGCUAAAGCAUUUGUCUCCGUGUCAUUGUUCAACAUCCUACGUAUUCCAAUCAAUGCCCUGCCUAUGUGCAUCCCAUUGAUCAUACAGGGUGCAGUAUCGUUGGUUCGACUAGGACGAUUCCUGGGAUCUGAUGAUCUAGAUUUGGACAGUGUGGAGCGGGAUUCCAACAUGGAUGCCGCUAUUACUGUUGAAAAUGGAACAUUCACUUGGGACAGAAGUAUGCCCACACCGACUCUAAAACAGAUCAAUCUGCAGAUUGCGGAAGGUCAGCUGAUAGCUGUCGUGGGUCAGGUGGGGUCAGGCAAGUCAUCGCUGUUAUCGGCAUUUCUCGGGGAGAUGACCAAACUGGAAGGAAAAGUUUUCUUAAAGAAAUCAGUGGCAUACGUUCCACAGGAAGCCUGGAUUCAGAAUGCAACAAUUAAGGACAACAUUUUGUUUGGGUCUGAUUGUCACCUUUCCAAGUAUGAGAAGGUCAUUGAUGCUUGUGCCUUGACCCCUGACCUUGACAUUCUCCCAGCCAGAGACCUCACAGAAAUUGGAGAAAAGGGUAUAAACCUGAGUGGUGGGCAGAAACAGCGAGUGAGCCUGGCCCGUGCCGUGUACAGCAACGCUGAUAUCUACUUGCUGGACGACCCGCUAAGUGCCGUCGACUCGCACGUGGGCAAACACAUCUUUAACGAGCUCAUAUCAGAGAAAGGACUUCUCAAGAACAAGACGCGCGUGCUGGUCACACACGGGAUUCACUGGCUGCCGAGGACUGAUCUAAUUAUUGUGCUUAAAGAUGGGCAGAUAUCCGAGAUGGGCUCUUACGAACAACUGCUGAGUCAUGAUGGGGCCUUUUCCUCGUUUCUUAAGAUGUAUCUUACAGAGGAGGUCGAAUCAGAGGAGGACGAAGACCCUGAAAUCCAGGAAAUCAGGAGUAAAAUUCUGGAGCGGAUCACGUCUGAUACAAGUGUAACUGAUGAUAAAACAGAAUUAGAACUGAGUGGAAAAUACCAAUCUGUAACAAGGAAGCGUAAAAAGGUGAAAGAUGAGAAGAUGAAAGAUGAGAAAAAAUUUGCAGUGAAGGAUAAGAUCAUUCAAGAUGAAACAUCGGAAAGUGGUCAGGUGAAGCUUGCUGUGUUCUUAGAGUACUCUAAAGCCGUGGGUGGACUGGCGACCCUGUGUAUGUUUGUGCUGUAUGCGGUGUACCAAGGGGGGACAAUCGGCUCCAGCAUCUGGCUCAGUCUGUGGACAGACGAUGCACUCCUCGCCAAUCUCAGUGUGGUUAACACCACUGACUACCAGAACACCAAUGACAAAUAUCUGGGAAUUUAUGCUUUGAUUGGCCUUCUGCAAGCAUGUCUGAUGUUUGCGUACUCCAUGGUGUUUGCGGUGAGGCUGGUCUGUGCAGCUCGUAGUAUCCAUGCGAAGAUUCUGUACAGCAUUCUCCGAGCCCCAAUGUGUUUCUUCGACACGACGCCCAUCGGACGCAUCGUCAACCGGUUCUCGCGGGACGUUGAAACCGUUGACAACAACCUGCCCCGCACUCUGCGCAUGUGGAUCAUGUGUGUGUUUUCUGUGCUCAGUGUCAUCGUGGUCGUCAGCUACAGCACGCCCAUCUUCCUCGUCAUGCUCGUACCCCUGGGCAUCCUCUACAUCCUCAUACAGAGGUUUUACAUUCCGACGUCCCGUCAGUUGAAGAGAAUUGAAUCUGUGACACGGUCUCCGAUUUACACGCAUUUCAGCGAGACUAUUUCCGGCGCUCACUCCAUUCGCGCCUACCAAGCAAGCGAGCGAUUCAUUGCCGAGUCCUCCAGCAGAGUGGAUAAGAAUUUAUCUUUCUAUUUCGCUGGUUUGGCUUCAAAUAGGUGGCUGGGAUUUUAUUUAGCAUUCCUAGGAAACAUCAUUGUUCUGGCCGCUGCAUUGUUUGCCGUUCUUACAGAUGACUUGCCCAGUGGAAUUGUGGGAUUGUCCAUUUCUUAUGCUCUCGAGAUCACACAAACGUUGAACUACGCCGUCAGAAUGACCAGCGACCUGGAGACGAACAUUGUUUCGGUGGAGCGGUUAAAGGAAUACUCGGAAACCAGUCCAGAGGCCGAGUGGGAAAUACCUCACAAGUCUCCCCCCAGAGAUUGGCCUCAUGUCGGAGCAGUGACCUUCUACAACUACUACACACGCUAUCGACCUGGGCUCGCGCUCGUACUCAAGGGAGUUAACUGCGACAUACAAGGUGGACAAAAGAUCGGCAUUGUUGGGAGAACCGGGGCCGGGAAGUCGUCUCUGUCCGUGGCUCUGUUCCGCCUCGUUGAGGGGGUGGGGGGACACAUCACGAUCGACGAGAGAAAUAUCGCUGACAUGGGCCUACACGAUCUACGGAGUCGACUCACCAUAUUACCGCAGGAGCCAGUUCUGUUUUCAGGCAGUCUGAGGGUGAACCUUGACCCGCUAGGUGAGCGUGGAGAUGACGAGUUGUGGGAUGCACUGGAACACUGUCAUCUGAAGACGUUUGUGUCUGAACUCCCAACACAACUAGACUACGAGUGUGGAGAGGGCGGGCAGAACCUCAGUGUUGGUCAGAGACAGCUUCUGUGUCUCGGGAGAUCGCUGCUGCGGAAAUCCAGGAUCCUGGUUCUUGAUGAAGCAACAGCUGCCGUUGACCUGGAAACUGACAGUCUGAUUCAAGAGACAAUUCGCACAGAAUUCAAAGACUGCACCAUUCUGACAAUAGCACACAGGCUGAACACAGUUAUGGAUUACGACAGGAUCAUGGUGUUGGAUCAGGGAGUUAUCCGUGAGUUCGACACCCCUGACAACUUAAUGGCAGACAAGCAGAGUAUGUUCUACAUGCUUGCCAAAGAUGCUGGACUCGUGUAGAUGUCACUCAUUUGGUGUCACACACAAAAAGACUGAAAAGCUAGGAAAUUAUUGUUUUUGAAAUGCCCUUUCCAGUGAUAGAAAUAAGCAUAUUUUUUCACUAGUCAACCAGACAAGUACAUCUAGAAAUCUACUUGUCUGCCAAUAUUUUCACUAGUCCACUGGACA